CGUUUCCUCCGGCGUCCUUCAGCCCACCAACCCGCCCGCGACGACGCCCACGACGACGACCGUCGCGCCGCCGACCACAACCACCGGCGCCGAGGCGUGCUCGCCCGAGGGCGCGAUCCGCUGCCCGAACGAGAACUCGUGGGAGAUCUGCGGGUCAGGGCGCUGGCAGUACAAUGGGCAGCUGGCGUACCCGUACGUGUGCAGGGACGGGCAGCUGGUUAUCCAGUACAAGAAGCGCCAUUUCGGCCGCCAGCACUGAGGGUCACGAUAAGUGCAAAAGCUGUUUCUCGUUAAUCUUUAUCUUAUUUAUUGGUGCAUCUGGUGUACUGUUGGGUCAAACUAUGGGUGUACACGUAGUCGAAUAUCUAUCUAUCUACGGCCAUCUAAGCAAUGCCGUUUCCAUCAGAAUGCGCGCGUUUUCGAACGAGAGAGAAAAUUGCCACACAGCAUGAAUGUUCACAGGAGGCCUUACGGCAUGCUAUGUCG